AGAAGACCAUGACCAUCUCAAUGCCUAAUCAGACUGCUGUCACUGAGUUUAUCCUCCUCGGUUUCCCAGGGCUACAGCCCAAUUUCUUUCUUCCAGUCUCACUUACACUGUUUCUUGCCUACAUUGUUUCACUGAUUGCAAAUAGCACCGUCAUCAUAUUAAUUAUCCUGAGAGAACAACUCCACCAGCCCAUGUAUAUUAUUAUUGCCAACCUCGCUCUCUCCGACCUUCUCUUUGACACCAUAACAUUACCUAAAAUCAUUGCCAAAUAUUGGUUCGGAGCCGGAUCCAUAUCCUUCAACUGGUGCUUCUUCCAGCUCUUCUGUGUCCAUUCCCUUGGAAGUCUUGACUCCCUCAUCAUUAUGCUGAUGGCUAUUGAUCGUUAUGUUGCUAUCUGCCAACCUCUCCGGUAUCACUCCAUUAUCAGCAAUAAGUUGGUGGCUCUCAUCUGCUAUUUUCUCUGGAUCUUUGCUGCCCUAAUGGGAUUAGCUUUGACUUUAAUUGCUGUACAAGUUCCUUACUGUGGACCCAACCGCAUCAAGAACUGUUUCUGUGCCAGUCAAUCUGUGAUAGUUUUGGCUUGUGUUGAUGUUUCUUUGGAAAGGAAAAAAGGUGUUAUAAUUGGUAUGUCUGUGCACCUCAUCCCAUUGGCUGUUAUUAUACUCUCAUAUAUUCUCAUAAUCAGGGUUGUGCACUUAUCCGCCAACAAUGGGAACUGGCAGAAGGCAUUUUAUACCUGUACCACUCAUUUACUUGUCAUUGGCUUGUACUUUAUCCCCAGGUUGUUUGUAUAUAGUACCAGUCAGAUCCCUUUGAUUCUUGAUGCCGAUAUAAACAUCUUAAUUCUGUGUCUCUACACUUUCAUCCCCCAUUUAGCCAGCCCCAUUAUUUUUUGUCUUAGAACCAAAGAAAUUAGAAAUAUUUUGGGGCAAACGUUCCAUAAUACAAUCCACAUGGAACCUAAACACAGAUGUAGAACACUAAGGUGAAUAGGCAUUUUACUAAUAACAUAUUAUGGGUUAUGACACUAAACUACAACUUCUACAAAGAACAGGUCUCUACUCACUCCUUACUUUACUGGAUACUGGAAUUCAACCUGCCCCUGGGAAUUGUGGGUAGCAUUCUGCACAUAUCACCUUCCUGCCUUUGGACUGAGGGCCUUGAGUGGCUCAAUCAAGGGUUUAGGGCCUACAGGUAGAUGGAGGCUAAUGGACAGAAGUUCUACCUUCUCAUCCAAUUACUGUGGAUUCAAUGUUCCCACCUUCUCCAAUAGAA